GUUUGUACUUACCUCGCGUCCAGCCUAGCUGUGUUCGCCUACAAGUCAACCAAGUCUAACAAGGCCUUAAACAGGGAGGCCGUGGGAGACAGAUUCAUCUGUGUACCCUAGUUACAGCUAAAUAGUCCAGUUGACAUCAUCAACCCAAAGAUUGACCGAUUGAUGUUAAAAAACGAAGUCGAUCAAAAUCAUUAUUCAAACGCAAAUAGGGUGGUGAAUGCGCCGAAAAAGUUUGACAUACACCUGCAAUUUUCGAAUUCUUAUAAAACCAAGGGUGUACAUUUACUUGAAGAAUCUCCCCCCCCCUCUCCUUCUAUUUGAAAAUCCUUUGUUUCCCUGGAUGUCAGGUUUGUUUUUUCAAUUUGGGGGAAAUACAUAGAUUUUCUGUAAGAAGUCACUCCUGUAUGCCGAGUCCAUUAGCGCCUGAUCCAAUCAGGGCUCAGUCAUGUGUUUGUUGGCUAUUCUGAACCAA